GGUAGAAUUUACUUAAAUUGUAAAUGUAAGAUACAAUUCAUAACAAUGUCUCGUCCCCGACCACAGUGGCAGCUCCAAGCAUUAGCUGCUCAAAAGCGUGAUAAUGAAAUAAAGAGAGCUGAAGAAUUGAAGAAAGUGGCCACAUACUUUGAAACUAAUACAAAUAAGUCUAGACAUCAUGAGCAAUGGACAACUGAGGGUUAUUAUGAGAAAGCCAACAAAGAGGCUGAACUACUUAGUCAGAGGAAGAUUCGAGCUGCACAACUCGAGGAGCGACGCAAAAAACUGGAACUAAUGUUGUUUCAAGAGAACAUGCAGCUCCAACAGGAAUUAAAGAAUUUAGCCGCUCAACCAAAGUAUUUUAAGAAUGGUUCCUACUUAAACAAAGUGCCCACAAAAACUCUGCAGGACAUCAACCAGGGUAUCAUGGCCAAGGAAGAGCAGUUGCUUCGUCAUGAGGCAGAAUUGCGACUCCACCACGCGUGGAGAAUGCGGCAACCUGAACUCAGGGCUGCCACCGCUUAUGUUAAUAAUGGAAAGCUGAAAUCUGCCUGGAUGGAGCAGAUAGUGGAAAAAGAAGUUCAGAAGCAGAAAGAAGAAGAAGAGACGCGUAAAAUUCUGAAGGAGAGAGAUGAGAUGCUGCGUAAACAGAUUGAGGUGGAGGAACAGAAGUUGAAGGAGAAGGAACAACAAGUUAGGGACUUAAGAGAAAGUUUAGAAGGCCAAAUAGCAGAAUUAAGCGAAAAGGAAACAAUAGUGAAACGUCUUCGCAAACAAGAAGAAAAGGAGAAACUUAUACUAGACGAGUUACUAUUCAUUUCGUGUGAAAGAGAAAGAGAACUUACCCGCCUAGUGGCAGAAAGAGAUGCCAGUAUAGUGAACAUGGGCCUACAUAAAUAUAAGCUGAAAAGGAGAGUGAUCUCUGUUAUGAAGGAGAUAGAGUUGGAUUUAGAAAUGCUGGACAAAUUGCGCAAGGCUGUCCAAAAGGAGUAUGACUCAGAGAAAGAAAUUUGUACAACCUACAAGCGGGUUUUGGACGUAGCUCUAUCAGAAUUAACAGAACAUAGGGAACGUGAGCUGCAACGACAGAAGACCAUAGAAGCCAUGUAUGAUGGAGAGGCCAGGAUGAUCAAUGACAAACAGGAUAAGUUAUGGGCCAAAGAACGUGAAGCUCGCGCCCUCCUAAUGAGCGAGGUGGUGGCCACCCUCAAAAGACAAGUGGAGGAGAAGAUAGAAGCCAAUAGACAGAAGCAGAAGAUGAAUGUGCUAGAACGAGAGAAGAUUCUAGAACAGAUGGAACAAUUCCACCAGGAGGUCAAGGCUAAUGAAAGGGCAGCGCAAUUGAAAGAGUCAAAAUACUCUACAGUGACCGCUCUCCAGUCACAACUGAACAGUCUCCGCUUACAACAACAGCAGUUAGAAGACACGUGUGCCAGGGAAGCUGAACUAAGAGAAGUGGCCUCCAACGAGAGGAAGAUUAGGAAUGAAAUUGCCAAAAUACAUAGAGAAGGCAGCACUCAAGCUUGGGCGUAA